UCGGAUACUCGGAUACGUUUUUUUUUUUCCAAUUGUAAGUCUCAACUCGAUUUCUCUUCCAAAAAAAACCUCGACUGGAUUGCAUCCUUCUCCAUCGUCUCAACUCUCAAAACCCAAGACACCUGGUGUUGUCUCGAAGAAGCAAACACAUAAACAAGCACAUCAGAGAGAGAGAGAGAGGGAGAAUGGGUCCUCGACAGUGUGAAGUCUGCAAGGAAGCACAGUCGAAGUACAAGUGCCCCUCAUGUCUGACACCCUAUUGUUCGCUGGCUUGUUUCAAGAAACACAAAGAAAUUCCAUGCUCAAAGGCAGUAACAUCUGAGGCAUCUGAAGCAAAACCAGGUCCAAUAUUAUAUCCAAAAAGAUCAUAUCAAGUGGAUGACCCGAGUCAGGUGCUUCAGAAGGUUCAACUAGAGGCCAUAGUACUUAGCUUCUCUGACAUCCAUCGCUGGUUUAAAGAAAAAGUGGAUUCCACUGAAAUUCGCGAUGCCUUGAAGAAUGAAGAACUUCAGAAACUCAUAUACCAGAUUGAUUGUUCUACAGAUGCAGAGAAUGAACUUGAUAAAGCCAUGGAAAGGGAGGACUUCCGCAAAUUCACUGACAAGAUUCUUUCCAUUAUUAGCCCACAAGAACAAUCAAUUUUUGCUGGAAGAUGACAUCACAGGUAAUUUGGUGACUUGGUGUUGGAUUUGAGAAGCAUCUUGUAAUGCUCUAGUUGCUUCUUCAACUUCAGUUUGCAAAAGAGCCUUGAUGUUGAAAUCUCUGGUUGUUGCUGGCCAUACAUGUAAGAGAAACUAAACUAAAAAGGAAUUCUUCCAUUUCUGCCACAUGGGCGGUACAGGUUCCUCAAUAAUUAAAUUAUAUUGUACCGUAAAUAUGAAAUGUUUAUGCCAAGAAAAGAAUCUUGUUUAUUAGUGUAGCUGCGUACUCAUAAUUUAAUAGAAUCCAUGAAUCUUCAUAUGCUGGUGACACUUACCACC